AUGUCCCGAGAGGCCGGCUCCUGCCGCCUGGGCCCCGGGACACGCGCCCGGGUGCGGAAGCCCAAGAAGCCGCACUACAUCCCGCGGCCCUGGGGCAAGCCCUACAACUACAAAUGCUUCCAGUGCCCCUUCACCUGCCUGGAGAAGUCCCACCUCUACAACCACAUGAAGUACAGCCUCUGCAAGGACUCGCUGUCCCUCCUUCUGGACUCCCCCGACUGGGCCUGUCGCCGCACCCCGGCCACGUCCCGGCCUCCCGUGGCCACCCCGGGCCGUCCCGCGGACCCCUUGGCCCCAGCUGACCCCGGCGCCCGGCCCCGAGGGGCGCGGCUCCCGGACGCCCCCGCCACACCCGACCUGGACCUCACAGCCACCGAUGUCCUCUCCCUGCGCCGCCAGGUCGGGGGCCCCCGGCAGGGGGCCGAGGGCUUCUCCCCAGGGACACCACCCCCUGAGGCCGGGGACGUGCAUAAGGGUGCGGGCCUGGAGGUCCUCCUGGCUGAGUCGUGGAAGUCAGGGUUGGGCGGGGGCCGGAGGAGUGAGGCCGUGGUGGGCGCCGUGGGCCCCGAGACCAGUGUUCCCUGCUAUCCCCCGCCCUGCUCCGGGGAGCUCCCCGAGGCCCAGAGCCUCCACCUGUCCCUGCUGGGUGUCAACUACCCUCUCGGCCCCGGCCUCUUUUCCUACCUGGGGCCCUCCCUGGCUGCUGCCGCCCAUGUGCCCUUCCUGGCCUCAGCCAGCCCCCUGCUGCCCCCAGCCACUGCCUUCCCUGCCCCACAGCCCCCCGAACGCCCCGCCCUGGUCCCCCACCUGUACUAUCCCCUGCUGCUGGAGCACAGCCUGGGGCUGCCAGCCGGUAAGACCGCCCUCGCCAAGCCCCCCGUGCCCCCAAGAGGGCCACCCGGGGCCCUGGUCCCUGGGCUGCUGAAGGUGCCAGUGCCGGGGCUGGGUGGGCCCUGGCCCCGCAGCGCUCUCAGGGACCCUGGGCAGGAAGAGCAGCUGGGGCGAGCGGCCCAGAGUGACCCCAAGAGAAAGCUGGCCCUGGGGGCCCAGCCAGAACCCCUGAAGGCCCCCUGCAGCCGAGCGAGCGUCAGUGCCCAGAGCAGCCUGCGGACCAGCCCCUCCGCGAUGCUCUGGCCCGAAGACGAGGAGCUGAGCGACCUCGAGACCGCUGGCCCCGCGGCCUCCCUGCCCCUGCAGCCGCUUGGCUUGGCACUGGGGGGCCCCGGGCACGUGGGUGGGGACCUGACGCGGGCCCUGGGUGACUGUGCUAGGGUGGAGCAGCGCCUGGGCCAGCUGGCGCCUGCCGGGGGCCUGGCCCCACGGCCCCUGCGGGAGCAGCUGGGAAAAAUCCGCCGUGAGCUGCUCACCAUCCACCAGGCGCUGGCGCGGGCCGCACAGCCACCCGACACACCCCUCGACCUCUCUGUGAAGCGGGUGCCCACCAAGGGGCAUGAGGUGCCCGCGGGGCUGUGGGCGCAGCCGGAGCAGGGCCCCACACUGGCCCGGGGAACCCCGGAGCCACACAGCCUCCUGGCGGCCCAGCCUCUGACCAGCCACACCACCAAGUGUGAGGCCGACUCCAGUGUCCCUCCCCCAGGCCUUCCCCUGCAGGCGUCCGAGGACCCUGUCAUUCCCAGCAGCUGGGGUGCCCACGGUGGGGCUGGGGGCUCCUGGCCCCCCGAGGCCAUCCCGGGCCUGCAGAGCCCUCCGGGUGCCGAGGUCUGA